AUGGGAGAUCUAGGACCUGUAAGUUGUUUUUUGUAUUAUUAUUUUGUGUUUAGAGUUCAAAGAAACGUCGUGUUGAAGAUAUUUCAACAGCCACCGCUUCGGCUAAUGAAAUUCUGGCUGUGAUUGACGCUGAAACUUCUGGAACGGGGGAUAUUUUGGAUAAUGCUGCUGCCAGAAGGCUUUUCAACCAGGUAAAGAUAUUUUCAUUGUUUUUGAAUGUUAUAGUAUGUAGGUAGAGUUGGGUUCACGAAAAAAUUCAUUGUUAAAUUAAAAAUAGUAACAAAUAAUGUAAAUAUAACCAAUUUUCAGGUGGAUAAGAAGUACGACAAGAAUCGAGAAUUUAGAAUCAAGUAUUCUGAUGAGCCGGAGAAGUUUUUGAACACUGAAAUAGAACUUAACGAUGCUAUUCAGGUAACAUUUUUACUUCAUAUUAUCUUUGUUUAGUAUUUCAACAAUAUAUCUGAGAAAUGGGUUUAUAAGAAACAAUUUUAGAGUUCUUAUCUGAAAAUCUUUAUUUAAAAGUAUUUUUGUAGGAGUUACAUGCAGUCACAGCUCAACCAGAACUGUUCCCAGGCUUGGUCAAACACAAGUUGGUUGAACUUUUAACACAAUUACUUGCUCAUGAGAAUGCUGAUAUUGUCGCUGUUACUUGUUCUUUGCUACAGGUAAGGUUUCACGUUUUUAGAAGCUUUAAUUCGAUUGAUUUUUUAAUAUUUUAGAGAAAUAAUAUUAAACUUUAAAUAAAAAAAGAAAAAAAUAAAAGAUUUUCAUAAAAUAGUUGAAGAAAAUUGUUUUGAAAAAAUUUAAAAUAAAAAUUUUUAAAUUUAGGAGCUGACAGACACAAAUCCCAUGUAUGAGAAUGAAGAAGGAUCAGAGGCUUUGGUGAAUGCUUUAUUAGAAGGCCACAUAUUCCAGCACAUGGCUCAAGCUUUGAAUCGUUUUAACGAGGAAGAUCGAGACGAAGCUGAUGCUGUUAAUAACUUGUUAACUACUGUAGAAAAUGUAAGGGGUUUUACUUUGUUUUAUAUUAUUUUAGAUUUUAAGCGUUUAUUUUUUCAAAACCAAUUUGUAAAGGAAAAUAGUCUUAAUUUAUAUAAACAAUCCAAAACUAUGUUUAAAAUGAAGUUUGUGGUUUAGAUUCUGGAAGAGAACAUUCCAGCUUACGAAGUAGUGGUCACCGACGAUCUUUUUGAUUGGUUGUUGACGAGAGCUACCAAAAGAUCUAAGUUCGACUCGAACAAGUUGUUUGCCAGUCAAUUGUUAUCAGAAAGUCUUCAGAACAGUGAGUUAGCCAGAGAAAAACUGGUCGGGAAAGUAAAUGGACUAGAUCUGUUGCUGAGAGCGUUGGCUACCUACAAGAAGCACGAUCCAGAAUCUAAAGAAGAGACGGAACACAUGGAGAAUUUGUUUGAUGGGCUGUGUGCUUGUUUGAUGCAUGUUCCGAACAGAAAAGUUUUUUUGGAUGGAGAAGGUCCACAGCUAAUGUAUCUGAUGUUGAGGUAGGGUAGUUUUUAAAAUUUUUGGAUUUGUCAUAGGUUAUACAGUGGUCAGGGCCGGGCGCGAGGGGGGGGGGACGGGAGGGGGGUACCCCCCCAGAAAAAAAAUUUUUUGAAAGAAGUUGAACGUGGUCCCCCCCCUGUGGAUUUUCGGAAAAAAAAAUUUGCAAAAAAUCGGCACCUGUGCCGAUUUUUUGGACCCCUGCCCCCAGACCAAAAGUCCCCGCCCGGCCCUGACAGUGGUUAGUAUUAUAGUGGUGUGUUGUGACUAACGGAAGGCUUGGGGUAUUGUAGGCUAUUGUAAAUAACGUUUAUGGUUGUAGAGAGAAGAAACAGUCAAGACAUGGAGCCUUGAAGACCAUGUCUCACGCUACAGCUAUCCCAGAUGGCAAAGACAACUGCGAAAAGUUUAUUGAGAUCUACGGUAGGUUUAAACAGUUUUGGAUAUAGUUCGAUAGAUAACAGUGUACGAUAUAUAAUAUUAUAUGGCUGUACGAAAAACUAAAAAACAACUGAUUUUAAAGACGUCAUGGAUAUGGUUUUAGGUCUUCGAGUACUGUUCCCAAUGUUCAUGAGAACUCCACAGAAGACCAAAAAGAAGGACACGGCUCCAGAUGAACAUGAAGAACAUGUCAUUUCGGUAAUAUUUACUUUUAUUUUAUCUUACUAUCUAUCUGUCUAUUAUAACUAACUUAACAUUCAAAGCAAGCUUUGAUGAUUUUAUCGUAGUUUAUAUUAACUUUUUAAUAAAAAUUAGGUAUAAGUUACUUUUAAAAUGACGUCUUUUGAUAUAUAUGUAUUAAUUUAGAAUUGACUUUUAGAUAUUGGACGCUCUGUUAUACCAAUGUGAAGAUGAAAGUACGAAUCGUGUGUUGCACAAGUUCACAGAACAUGAAUUUGAAAAGGUGGAUCGACUGGUCGAGUUGUUUUUGAGAUAUAAGUAAGCCAUCUUUUUAUUUUUAACUGUCCUUGUCGUAUUUUAUGUUUAUUCUUGUGGUUUUUUGGAGAAAAAUAAGCGUAGUGUCUCAUUUUGAUGGGCAUAGCUCCACACAUCACUUCCUUUAUAGCACUGAUUCCUCUUCUCCGCCCCCUCCCCCCUCCCCUUCCCUUCGCAUCUAGAUUUUCCUCCUAACUAUAUACCACAUGAUCAAUAUGCAAAUUUCAGAGAAAAGGUGGAGCGAUACGACCAGAUUCUGAAGCGCGGCAUGGGCGCCGAACUGGACGAGGAACAACUCCAAAUCGAACUUCUGAAUAACGGCCUCUACACGUGGCAGAGGAUCGGCAUCGUGCUGGCGGAAGUGUGCACGAAGGCAUCGGCCGAUUGCAUGGUCAGGGCUAAUAAAUUAUUCAAAAUGAGACUAAAGAACACGGUGGAGGCCGUCUUGAACCCAGUAAGUUUGGGGGCUUAACUACUCUCUUCUUCUUUCGGCAUUAGCCAACUUGAAUGUUGCUAAUCGAACUCGGGUUUCAGCUUCGGAAACUGGAGUCUUUUGAAGUCAAGCUGCAGCAAUGAUUAAAAAAGCAUGACAUAGGGCAUUUUGGAUCUGAAUUUUAAUUGAAAACGAUUUAAAAUUUAAAAAACUUUGUUAAAAAUUACAAAAAUUGAGAUUGGGUUAAAACAGCCAAAAGUUGAUGUUUAUGACUGCUUUAGGCCUAAAAAAGACAGGAACUUGUUUUUUUAAAGAUUUUUUGUAUGAUUAUGCUAUUUUUCAGUAUUUAACUCAAUGGCUAGCCGAUUUCGAAGAAUCUCCAGAUCAAAAAAAGCGCAUUGAGCACCUUAUCUCAUCAAUUCAGUUCCAACAAGUUAAUCUAGCUCCAUAA